GGAAGGGGGAGGAACAGGAGUGGCCGGGCAGCCCGAGACCAUGAGCUGUCGUCUCCCGCAGCAGCCUCGGGAAAAGUGCGUGGAGAAGAGGCGGCGAGGGGCAGCCGGCGGGGAACGGCGUUCGCCCAUUGAUCAGGCGGAGUGCGGGGCGGAGAUGGAGCGGGCCCGCUGCUCCCAACUGAAGUGAAGACCAGCGUCUCCCCGGGCCACAGGCAAUCACCAGCUUCUUUUUACUCAGUGACCCAGGAAGGAGGGGUUGAGGAGGUCCGGCUGGCCAGUCCCUCUCUCUCACACACACACACUCACUCUCUCUCUCUCUCUCAGACACACACACAUAAAGUGAACCGUCAAAGCAGCGGCUGAAUGGAUCGAGUGGAUCCGGGCAGCGAGACCCUGGCGCCACAGUAAAGGCCACACCUCUCGGUGCCAGAGGGGUGUGUGUGAGAGAGUUCCAGCGGGGCACCCUGCUUUCUCCAUGGUACCUUGUCCGGGAGGCUAACGCUGCUGCCUGCGAUCCUCAGCAUGCAGCUCCUGAAAGCGGUGUGGGCUUUGGCUGGAGCCGCCGUCUGCUCUGUCCUCAUCUUCGUGAUCCAUUCACACCUCCUGAAAGAAGGUCAGCUUGCUGCUGGUACUUGUGAGAUAGUUACACUGGAUAAAGAUAGCAGUCAACCGCGAAGGACUAUAGCCAGACAAACUGCAAGGUGUGCGUGUAAAAAAGGGCAGAUUGCCGGCACAACGAGAGCAAAGCCGGCCUGUGUGGAUGCACGAAUUGUAAAGACUAGACAAUGGUGUGAAAUGCUUCCGUGUUUGGAAGGAGAAGGUUGCAAUUUGUUAAUGAAUAAAUCAGGCUGGACCUGCACACAGCCAGGUGGGCGAAUAAAGACAACUACGACAAAAUGGCCAUAUGACUCAAAAACCAGCUUCACAGAGCCCCCUAAUGAUCAGGGCCUGAACUACAUGACGACAAUCGAUAAAACAAAAACAAAAAAGCCAUCUUGUGUCCGACAUGAAUCUGAAUGCCAAUUUAUGGACACGUUUCUUAGGGUCCGUGCUCACACAGAGCUGAUUGAGUUGGCUCAACAACGUUUCACAUUGGAUCCUUACAGUCAACAAAGAAAGAACUUAAUCCCAUCAUCAAUACAAUCCCACAUCCCCAAGGAGAAAACACAAUCUGACAAUCAGGCUGGGGUUUGAUACAGCGCUGGAGGACUCGACAUUGCUCCACUGUCGGAGAACAGUGGUCUCCUGACAAAUGCAUCAACAAAGAAUCCCUGCAGGAGCAGCUUAGAACUCUGUGUGAGCUACUUAUACGAAUCAAAUUCUACUGCUGCGGACUGUCAUCUGUUGUAUGUUAUUUCCUCAACUUUCUCUUUCUCUACACUGGUCAAAACAGCAUAAUCUCAUCUAACUCUUGAGCUAAAGUUUCACUCAUUCUGUUAUUAGGACAACUGGGACAGUAAAUGUAGAAUACUGAGCUACGCUUGGACAGAAGCAAUAUUGACCAUGUUUGACACUUCUCGUCCCUACUUUUCAACUAAUGUUGGAUUGCUGUUGCCCAGUUGAUGUUUCCGCUCAGAAAGCCUGUUACAGAAGACUGAACUGGUUUUAUCAGCCCUUAACAGGCAGUGAAUCUUUGCCUCAGGUGGGACACUAAUGAGUUACCGAAGGGUCCACAACAAAGACACUGUGCUAUUAUGUGUGUAACUCUCUCUGACAUCUAUACAUCUAUUUCCUCAUCUUUACCUGUUCACAAAACAAUAGACCAAAGAACAAAAGGAGAACGUUAAAAUGGACACUAUUUCAUUGUGAAUGAGCUUUACUGAUUUCAAUUGUAAUGGGCUCCUAAAGGAUUUGAUUUCAGCUUUUCAUAGUGCUGAAAUAAAUCAUUACUGGCUCGGGUAAAGUCUUUGUUGAAAAGAAUAGAGGGACUCCUGAUGUUGGGAAAGCAGGUCUGAUGUAAGAUGUCUAAAGGAUCUAAUGGAGCAUGGAAACAGAUUAAUAGUCUAUGUCCAGUAACAAAAGAGACACAUAUGAACACUCAUGCUGGGAGGACAUCUUAGUCUCCUGUUUAGUUUGGCUGACUUAUUUCUCAUUCUUAAGUCAUGUUGUAUUUCAACCAGAAAAAAAGAACUAAAUGUGAAACAUUUGCAGCUCGUGUUUCCUUUCCCAGCAUAAAAGUAGCUACUGUCAAACAGCAUUCGCAAUGAGCAUGUCUGGCUACCUGCAGCCUGUGUCACAUUUCAAUCAACCAUCUACCACACGCACACACAAAAAAACUCAAAUUAGAUGAGAAAGUAACAUUUGUUGAAAACAGGAUCAUUAAAUGUAUUUUGAGAAACCUAAAGUUAUAUAUUUAACAGUUUUUAUAUGUUGUAUCUUUGUAGAAAAUCUUAUUUAACAAAUAAUGUGGUCAUACUAUGCCAGCCAUGAAAGUGGUCAAGAGUUGUGUUUUAACUUCUGGUAUCUGUUAAAGAGCUGAUUGGUGUAUGUUUCUUUCCUUGGAGCAUUCUAGAGCUGAAAACUGGCCACAAAGAACUCUGUAGAAAAAAAAAUGCUGUUUAUACAUCAAUACAUUCAACCAUUGCACUGUAGGAAGACAGUUCAUUUCUUUUAUGUAAUGAUAUAAUAGAGUGGAAAACAUUUUAAA